AUGACACUAAUAUCAAAUACCAAAAGGGGGAAAGAUUUAAACAAGACAACCAAGCUCUACCAAGACUCUCCUCUUCACUGAGAACAACCAUUUCUCCCAACCGCUUCAAAGUGAAGCGCAGAGUGACUUUUCUGGAGGACUACACAGAUGCCCCAACAACAACAACAUCCAGCAGCGAUGCAGUAUCCAUGGAGAAUGCCCGUCAUGUGGUGGAGGACAAAUGCACCGUCAGAGACGCAGCUUCGACAGGAUCCUCUUCAGGCAGGCCAGGCGUCUUCCCACAGGGUCCUGCUCUCAGUAGGCAAACACGGCCGGCUCUGACUCUGAUUCGGACUCGCCAAAGCCCCAGCAGCUCGGGGCGCGCCGCUGUCACACCGCAGCCGGCUCCAGCGCGCACUACUACACUCACUGGCCUCGCACACUUCCAGAAGGAGAUGGAGGCCAGCAUCAGCAGGCUGCUACAGCUCACCACAGAUCUGGAAAUAGCAACCACUCUGCCAUCUCAGUCCGACAACAGUGACUGUGCUGGACCACAGGUGUGGACAGCCUUUCAGCCAAGUCUUUGUGAAGACAGACCUCUGCAGGUAGACAGCUAUGACUGCAAGCAAAAGCCAAAGAAACAUGUGGAUACACCUGACGCAGUUGUCAAAUCAUCGCCGCCACCACCUCCUCAGGGCAUGAUAAACACACCACAGUCUAUUCCUACCUCUGACAACCACACACAGAUCUCUGCUCAACCACCCAUGACUCACGGCAGACAGAAACCCACAGAAGUCACCAAGGUGCCUGGAUGGUCCGAUGGUGCCAGCAGGAGCAGCUCUGUGUGUGGCAGUCGUCCAGUCCCACCACCCUCCACCUCUGAGCUGUUGUUAGUUCUUAGGGGCCUUCUGGACCUCAUAGACCAGCACUGGAGGGGCAACUUUUCUCUUCAUCUCAACCCUGUCUUUCUAGGUGGGAGCUGCAUAGCCGUACCUGCAUAA